AAGGUGGUGGGAAAAAAAGUUCUUUUUGUACACACUGCGAUGAUGGUGAUGAUGAUGCCUACAAUCUCCAACACUAACAACGCCAAUAUUUACAUUAACAUUUCCCUUCCUUUUUUUUUUCUAUCUUUCUUACUUCUCUUUCUUCUUCUUCCUCCUCCUCUUCUUCUUCAAACAUGACUUUCUCAUCAUGCAAUCAAACUUAAGACUCCCAUCUACAUCCAUUCAUGGAGAAGAAUUGUGGGUGCUGGGCUGUUCUCAGACGUGGCGUUAGAGGUGCCUGCAAUUCCUCUGCUUCUAAAGACUCUCCAAACACUAUUCCUCGCACCAGUCUUGUUUAUGAUGCGGCUACCGAGACACGAUAUCUAAAUGCUAGUAACCGGGAGCUAUGUCCUCCAAAUGAAGCUCAGCUGUCCUCUGAUAAUCCUGAUGCACCAACAUCAGAUGACAAAUCACCAUCCCAGCUGUUGCAGUUUACUUUUCAGGAACUAAAAUCUGCAACCGGAAAUUUUAGACCCGAUAGCAUUCUUGGGGAGGGUGGGUUUGGAUAUGUCUUCAAAGGAUGGAUUGAAGAAAAUGGAACAGCACCGGCAAAACCUGGGUCAGGAAUAACUGUUGCUGUUAAGAGCUUGAAGCCAGAUGGUCUUCAGGGCCAUAGAGAAUGGGUGGCUGAGGUUGACUUUCUUGGACAGCUUCACCAUCCUAAUCUUGUUAAACUUAUUGGUUACUGCAUUGAAGAUGACCAGCGGCUGCUUGUUUAUGAAUUUAUGACACGUGGUAGUCUUGAAAAUCAUCUUUUUAGAAGGACUAUUCCUCUUCCCUGGUCUAAUAGGAUUAAGAUUGCACUUGGUGCUGCAAAAGGAUUGGCCUUUUUACAUGGUGGUCCAGAACCAGUAAUUUACAGAGAUUUUAAGACCUCCAACAUUUUGCUUGAUUCGGAAUAUAAUGCAAAACUUUCCGAUUUUGGUCUAGCAAAAGCUGGUCCUCAAGGAGACAAAACACAUGUUUCUACCAGGGUUGUUGGAACAUAUGGAUAUGCAGCUCCAGAGUAUGUUAUGACAGGACACUUGACAUCUAAGAGUGAUGUUUAUAGCUUUGGUGUAGUGCUACUCGAGAUUUUGACAGGCAGAAGAUCAAUGGACAAGAAGCGCCCCAGUGGGGAACAAAAUCUUGUUGCAUGGGCUCGACCAUAUUUGGCUGACAAGCGAAAGCUUUAUCAACUUGUGGAUCCUCGGUUGGAGCUGAAUUACUCCCUUAAAGGGGUGCAGAAAGUUUCUCAAUUAGCUUUCAACUGCCUUAGUAGGGAUCCAAAAUCCCGCCCUACAAUGGAUGAUGUUGUAAAGGUUGUCACUCCAUUGCAAGAUCUUAACGACCUUGCUAUCUUAUCUUAUCACUCUCGUUUAUCACAACAAGGGAGACGCAAGAAAAAACCAGAUGGAACUCAGCAGAUUGCUAGUGCCCAAUCCAAAAGUAUCAGAGAUUCCCCAUUAAAUACUGGCAAGCAGCGUUGUAGAUGAUGAGCAGUCGUUUCCUCUCCUUGAUUCGCUCAAGAAUCAAAUGAAACAAAGGUUGGGAUGCUACCUUUAUUUAAUGGGUUGUGUGAAGACAGUAUGUCAGGUUUGUAGUAUAAUUUUUGGGUGUUUGAAUUUUUCUAGAGCCAGAAGGCUACAGAAGAGGAAAGGCUCACCGGUUUCCUUUUCUUUAAAACCUCACAUUAGAGAGCUAACCAUCAAUGUGGACUGUGCCUUGCGAUUUUCCUGUGUUGUAAUUGAUAUAUAUCUUGUAAUUAGAUUAAACCUCCAAUCUCCAAGAUUGUUAUUUGCAGCUACCUGAAUGUCAGUUGCUUUGAGUUUGUAGGAA